UUAAACAUUCCUCCUCAAAUUCCAAAAGAAGUCUCACUUAGGGUUUUUUUCAUCGCAGAGAGAUGACGCAGGGCAGAUAUUGUGAGUCUUGCGGAUGGUUCCACGACCACACUUAUCAAACAUGCUUAUUUGUCCACAAUGGAAACGGCUGUUCGAACACACAACCCGCUGUUGUCGACUGCACUCUCUCUCUGGGACCUCCGUCCACUACAACUACAGGACUAUCUGAGAGAGACAAAAAGAAGACGCGACGGUCCGGUACUUCAUCUCGUGUCUCCAAUUUCACGGACACCAAUAAGAACACCUCCAAAACGUCGGCGUAUAGCGUCCUUCCCUCUUCCAACCGCCGUAGUAUUUCGGGCAGCAGCGACACUCUACUUGAUCGUCGCUGUACCAACUGCGAUACAACGUCUACGCCCCUAUGGAGGAAUGGUCCUCGAGGUCCCAAGUCGUUAUGCAAUGCGUGUGGAAUUCGUUUCAAGAAAGAAGAGAGGAGGACUAUGGAUACGACGAGGAUGACAGCUAGCAGCACCGCCGUGCAAGAUCAAUAUGGACACCAUCCUUCCAGUUAUAGUAACCACCACAGUGCCACUGACCAGAGCGGAUCAUCAACGUGCAAUUUCGUAGCCAGCGAGAUCAUUUUAAACCAUGACUACGGCGGUGCUGGAGAGUAUUACCGGCGGGAUCCCGUCGACGGAGUUAACGGCCUACCUUCACACUCGUGGAGGCUUAAUGUAGAGGAUACGGCAAUGAGUCUUGUCUAUGACUUUACUAGGUGAAAGGAAUCUUAAAAAAAAAAGAGAGUUUCCAAGUGUACUGUGCUGAAGUUGGAGAGAGACGAUAUUCCUAAUUGAUGUUAUGAUAUCGAAUACGCAUGGAUUUUAUAUUUCUAUACAUCAUAGCUCUUAACUUAAUUCGUAACAUUAUGCAUAUAUAUUCUCUCCUUCACUAUUUGUUUAAUCUGUAGUAACAAAUAAUAGUAAAAUCGACAACGGUCGAGCAUGG